ACUGCCUCUUCCGGUUGGAAGCCUUCCCACACUCUCCCCGGCUUACUGAACGCUUUUCCUCUUGCCUUGAUGCCUUUCGCAUCCCUUCACUUGCCUUCUGCAAAGACAAUUUGGGCUCCCUCCGCAUCUUCAACGCCGGAUUUUCAAGCCCUGCAAGACCCUGCAUAUCAUUGCUGUGAUUGAUAAUAUCGCUCGGAGGUCUAGAGUCUCCGGCUUCAUCCCUUGAUCUGAUACGUCUUAUCCCCUUGACCUCUGCAUGUCAGCCCUGUAAAGACCACUCUCCGUCUUGUUUACUUUUGGCUCUCUGUAUUCGACCUCCGAUGCACAGACUCUGAAGCUAUCUGCGUGCUAUAAACCUGGCUGCGGCACUCUUCUUCUCCGACCUCUGAGUUUCUAGGAAUGACGGCACGACAACCGGCCCUUGACGGACCACUCGAACACCAGUUUGCGAGAUAGCAUGUUCGCUUCCACGCAAUCUCCUGUGGAUGGUGCCCCAGAAAUCUCCCAUGGCGCGCACUCUACGGCUCCGAGAUCCUGGAGCAACUUGAGGAGAUGGGGCGUACAAAAGAAUCAAUCGAACGUCGUGCGCGCAAAGGAGCGGUCAAGCACCGGUUCGACCAGCGCAACACUGACUGACAACUACAAUCGCUAUCACGUUGGUCCUGCACCUUCGCAACGAUGGCAUCCAUCAUUUCUCCCCCUCCUCAAACAUAUCAUUGUGUUUCUCGCCUUCUCUCUUCCGAUCAUUUUCCUCGCCCUCGUCAUCAAAAUUCCAAAAUGGUAUGCCUUUGAGGCCGAUUACUGGGUAUCCAACUCGUUCACCCACUGCAACUUCAACGGACAGUUCACCCCCUACGACAAGCCAUCGAUAAGCCUCUGGGACCCUUCGGGAUUCUUCUACAUCACAGUGUCUUGGGGAAAGAUGGCCUUCUCAACGGCAAAAUUCAUCGACAUCGUGUGGGAUAUUUUCGUUGGGCGUGGAGGACAGGCAUUCCUCGCUGUGGUCACCUUCAAGGUUUCGUCUCAGUAUUUGGCCCUGGCUAUGCGCGAAGCCCCCGUGUCUUACAACACAUUCGAAUCCCUAGCUUUUGUGCCUCCCAGCUUGGUCAGGACAGGGCGCUUGGCCGCGGAUUUGUUGACGAAUCGGGGCUGGCGAGCGAGGUUGAUCAUUGUCUGGGUCGUGUUGAGCUCUCUGUUCGUCCUCAGCUUCUCAAGUCUGAUCACGGCUAUGUCAGGGUACAGCAGCGAUAUCAGCGCGGUCAUGCCAGAUUAUGACAACGAGUCCAUUCAGUGGACAAAUUUCCAAGUGGUUCAAUUCGCCAUUAACGACGCAGACCGUGUUGGACUGUCCGGGCCGAUGUAUAUUACAGUGGGGGAUACCUGCGUUCAGCAGGGUUUUCUUGAUGAUGAUGAUGACGACGACGACGAUGACGAUAACGAUGAUAAAGGUGGUAACUACGACGAUAGUGAAAGUCCGUUCCCGGACAGGACACCCCGUCGACGUGAUAGUGACGACGGAACAGACAGUGGGAAUUCAAGUCAUGGUAAAGUGGAUUGGGAGUACGUACCAACCAACUGCACAACGUUCUGGCAUGUUGUACAGUAUGUGAGCCUCUAUGGCCUCAACGGAAACAACCACUCCGCAAGCAACAUUACCCUAAAUGGGCAGAAGCACACAGUGGCCGCCCCGACGCUCAACAUCACAACCUCAUACUCGCCCGUUGCACUGUCCACGUUAACAACAUACCUUAACACCUUCUCUGAAUCAUCGCCGCCCGCUCCUGGAGCAUUGGAUUCUGUCUCACAACUUACAGACUUCACCUUCUGGCUGUACGAUAAUCAAACCUAUCCUUUCUCCUAUGUCCUAGACAACGCGACAUGCCGAUACUCGAGAUGGCAUAACUGGGGAUUCUCAUUCCUCUUUCUGUUCAUCACAUCACUGCUCCUUGCGCUAUGGGCAAUUGGGACCUAUGCUUUAUGGCUGUAUACCUAUCUGAACAGUCCACAGGACCGCAUUCCAGGAGAAGACACGACAGGCGGCAUCUACAGAUCGAGCUGGACCCUUGUUGAGGCUAUGAGGAGAGAUGUGGGCCCGGGCGCUGUGACACCGGAGAUGGGAGAGAGUGAGAUCCGUGGAUUGGUGCGACGGCGGCCUGGACGUGUCAUUCAAGGCGUGGGAAACAUCAACGGCAGUCACCCACCGAUUCUAAGCGGAUCCGAGAAGGAUGCCGCAAUCUCUCCCUCUCCCAUGACUCCUCUUCAGACAGCUCCCGUGACGCGCUGGUCGGUUUUCCGCGCAUGGAUGUCCCCAUCUACCCAUCUCAAACAGCGAUCUGCACACGGGACAUAUUCGCCGGCGAACAGUGUAUUUACACACGCAGACUCCACUUUCUCCUCAACCUCCCGUCAUCCGAUUUUGCACUCGCCUGCUGCGCCGGGGAGGACCAUGACGAUGACCUCGAGGAUGUCGGGUCUUGCAACUCCUCAGGCAGACUCACCUGUAACCUUUGGCUUCUCCGCUGCCGCCGAGGCAGACAUCAUGGAGGGCUCCGGUGUGGUGACUGGCAUUGAUCCUGUGUCUGGCAUCUCAAUGGGAACGGGUUCAAAUGGGAAAUCUCGCCCGAGACUGAGUUUGAGUCGAAUUAUUCCAUCUGGGUCGUACGGGAACAAUUCACGCACCGCGUCAGUACUUUCUCCAUCAUCAGCGUCAGCGGCGAAGUGGAUCUACUCUCCCGAUCCGAUGUCUGCGUCUGAAGAAGCUUCGACAUUGACGAUCUCUCCCAUCCGCGAAGAUCGAAAGGAUAAGCCCGGUGAGGAUGACGCGAUCAGAUGGAAGAAUGAUUUGGGUGACGGCUGAGGCCGUUAAAUUCCGCACGUUGAGCGUUUGCCUUUCUGCGAAUUUUGCUUUGGCGUGUUCCCAUCUCGAGGAUUGGGAUUCGUGUGGAAAAUAUUGGAACCUUGGCGCCCAACGUUGUCGGCGGGUGCAACUGGGCGUUUGAUGGAUGGGUGGAUCUCGGGGUGUUCCGUUCGCGCGCAACAAUGCACAAAACAAAGGUCCUUGGGGCUUGGUUGACGAUUUUUCUUGAGAUAUGUGCUUUUACGUUCACGGGGUCGAUGGGAAUAUACACGCAGGCAUCAUGGCUGAGCGAUGACCCCAACUAUGUCAGCGAUCUUCCACUUCUGGCAGAUUCAGGACUUUGUCGGUUUUGGCUGUUGUUUUGGGCCUCGAUCAGCAUCCAAAAGGGGGGAUCUGUGUUCGUUUGAGAUACCAGCAGCCUGGUAUUCUCACCUGACUUUGCUCCGAAACAAAUCGGAUUCAAGCUAUGCUAUAUUGUAGGAAGAUACGAAAUACUUCAACAUGUAACUCUAUUUGCAAUUUG